GGAAAGUGGGUAGGUAAAUAUUCCCGACAUGCACCAAGGUGUGGGGAGUGUCCUGGGUUUCCAGCACUCCCAGUUUGUUAAGCAAAAUAGUAAUUAGCACCUCUGUGGAUCCAUGAAGAGGCAGAGGUAGCUGUCAGCCAGCGCGAUGCUGUCAUGCCUCUGCCGGGGCUCAGUGAAAGGUAUGUGAAGCUCCUCCUCUGCUUCUCCUUCUCUCAUCGUAGGCACAGAUUAAUCUCUUCUGAAUAAAUCAAGAAAGUGACUAUGAAAGCACAGCAUCUACCUUCUGUUUGCAUCAAUGAGGAGAAGUUCAUAACCAGGGAACAGCUCUAUUCUCUUCUGAAGACUUAUAACUCUUACUAUUCUGAUCAAGAAAAUCUGCAGCUGUCACAUAAUCAGCAAGAUGAAAGCAAACCAUUUAUUGAGGGAAUCGUGUCAAUAUUUUGGGGAGUCCGACAUCCUAUCAGAUUAAAAAUUCAGGAUGAGAAGCAGAUACCCUCUUUUGUCACCCUGAAGUCAACAGAGAACGCUGGUUUGUUCCCUAGUAAAAGGGGGAUGACACGCUGGGGAGAAUUUGAUGACCUGCAUCAUAUUAGUGGGGAGACAUUGAAAUCUACUGAAGAAAAGCCAAACCCUGAGAAAAGUUAUUCACCUUACGAAAGCUGCACUCUGAAGUCCAAGAGCGAGCAGGAACAUGACUGUGCUACCCUGCCCAGGGCCGGCGGCGAUGCUGCGGCUGUGCGGAAGAGGACCAAGUUCCCCAUGAUGUCGAAGACAGAAGUAGAAACUCACAGGUUUUCGAUUAAUGGCCACUUCUACAACUAUGAGACAUCAGUCUUUACUCCGGCUUUUGGAUCAGAAACCAAAAUAAGGAUCAACAGCCAGAUGAGCACAAGACAAGUGAUAGAACAAUUGCUUCGAAAGUUUAAGAUAGAAAACAGCCCACAUGAAUUUGCACUUUAUAUUAUCCAUGCAUCCGGAGAGAAGAAGCAGCUGCGGAGUGGAGACGUUCCCUUACUGCACAGACUCUUGCAGGGGCCCUCAGAGAAGAUUGCCAAGUUUUUUCUCAUGGACCAGGAUGUGGAAGAGAUUAGCAGUGAUGUUGCUCAGUAUAUUCAAUUUCAUCUUCCCUUUUUGGAAUCGAUUCUGCACAGGAUAAAUGAAGAAGAGGAACAGGAGAUUCAACAGACAGUGGCAAGGUACCUAAAAGAGAAGAGUAUGAUAUGCCAGCACCUUCAUAGUCGAACUGUCAAAAAAACAGAGACUACCGUUUGAUGCCAACAGCCUCUUGUGAAUACCCCACGCACCGCCUUUGCCCAGGGGAUGUCAGUAUGCUUGCUUGAAUGUGCCGUGAUGGAAGAACACUUACAGCAUGGGGUGUUCCAAGUGCUGAAGUCUCUUCCGAUAAUUACGCUAUCAAAACUGAACCCACUCCUCUACAGCUCUGCAAUACAAGUUGCGACCCACCCAGGAGGAUACGCUAGAUCCCCCAAAAGACAGAUGCUGAAUCUGGCUUGAAGCUUAAGAUGGGGGCGGGGGUGUGUGUGUGUGUAGGAAAUCUCAUUAAAAGCACAAGGCUUUAAAAUGUACUAAUUUGCAAACCAUUAUCAAAAGUCUAGCAUAUGAGAAAAAUAUUGCAAUAAGCAAUGUGUUAAUUGUACAGAAAAAUAUGAAAAUUAAGUGGUUUUCCUUCCAUUAGCAAAAUGUUGAAUUAUAUUAGGAGGAAGCUUUUCAGUAGAGAUAAGUGGCAAAAGUUAUUUAUGUAACUAAGAUUGCAGUUAGGCUUUUCACUUAUCUUAACAAAACAAAGCAAAAGAGCACUGUACAGGAGAGCCCUGAAAUCCCACUGGCUUCAGAUUGGUAGAUUCCUAACUUGCUUAAAGCUUAAAGCUACAGCUAGAAAAAUAUAAAUGGAAACCUCCCACUUAAUAGCUCCUCAGCUCUUAAACAGAAAAGGGAAUUUCUCUCUGAAACAUCUCGAUGAACUGCCAAGUAAGAGCUCUCAUGAAAUACCAUUACAUCUGCUCGAUUGGGUCCUGAAGGCACCUCAGCAUUUGCUGCUGUUGAAAGGAAUGAUUCCAUGUCACUUCCUGGAGUUUGUAUUUGAAGAGGGAUGUGGAGCACUCAGGGAGGGGCUGAGCAUCAGAGCCGUGCCGGGGCUGGGUUGGCAGCCUACCCAUGGAUGAGGUUUUGGUACCAUCUGGCCCUAGCACAGUGUGCAGCAGCGAAGCUAGCAGGUUAUGCCGAAUGCUACAGUUCAAAUUACAGAGAUGUAAAUAAACCCCAAUUUGUGCACCGUUAAUUGCCCACCUGUAUUAGUUUGUCUUUUUGGCAUGGUAUCUGUGUUGUGCCUCAGCUGCCUUUGGCUUAUGCAGAUAAAAAGAUAAAACCACUAAGGAAAUCAACAUGCACAAAAUGUGGCCUAGAAAUCAUGUGGAAGAAAUCAGACAUGAAAAACUGUACCCUGCCAGAGAUGAUGUUACUUGGAUGGUAAUUUAAAAAAGAAAAGUCAAUGUGCUAAUUGAAGCUACUGUGGUUGGGGCAAGGGGUUUAUUUUAUUAUGGAGUCUAUUACAGUCCUGUUCAGGAAGAUAAUUGCGGGCAUGGGAGUGCAGAGAGGAGAAAUAAAAAUAAUUUAGCGGUUAAGAUGCAUGUCAUUAAAUAACAGCUGCCUCAGAGGUGCAAGUACGUGUUCCUUGAAGCAACAGCAGCAGUAUGCACUUCCCCAGGGACCCAUUCAAAUACGUGUUAGCCAAGCUCCAGGGGGUAUGAAACUUGCCCUGGGACAUCACAGCUUGUACUGGCAAGGUAAAGUCAUGUGUCAGUGGAGUCUGAAGCAGGCCACGGUCAAGUUCAUAGCCAAACCCAAGCAGCGGAGUGUAGAGGAAUGAAGGCAGAGGGUUGAUUAGCAUUGAUAACAUGCAGCUGUGGCCUUGCCUCAGAGGCAGUGGGUUGAUUGACAUGGAUGAUGUGCAGCUGUAGCUCAUUCUGCUAAGUGGUUAAAUAGCUCUGAGGAGUGUGGGAGAAGGGGUUGGGUGGAGGAGGAGCAGUGUGGGCUGGCUUCUGGAGGAAGGAGAAACAGCACGGACAGUAGACUGACUGAUGGUAAAAGCCUUGUUGCAGCCUGAUAAUUUGAUUGUGCCGCAACAGUAGAGGUUGGCAGUUUCAGCCAUGUGAUGGAGGGAGUUUUUCGCUCCUCUGAAGCGGAAAGGCUGUAUUGAAGCACUGUGGAAGUGUUGCUAGAGGCAGAGUAGGAACAGACUUUGUCUGGAUUUCUGGCUUCGUUCUGCCUAAAUUGCUGUAAGGAACAAACUGGAACCCAUCCGCAAGGCAAUUUUCAGGUAGCUCAAAUGCAUGAGCAGGGAAAUAAGCUAGCCUGCAUUUAUCAGACAUCUAACAGCAAGGGCUACGGUGAUCUCUGCCUGCACAGCGGCACCUCUUUCUCAUUUGAACCAGGAAGAAGGAUUUAAGUAUUUUUAUGCAGAAUGGACUAUUUAUGUUAAAUGUUCCAUUUUGUGAAUACUGUAGUGGUUGUAUGAAUGUGCAGCAUAAAAAUAUUGGCAUAUGAAAUGCUCAUAAUGCCUUGGUCUGAGAUUAAGAGACCAAUCAACAGCACAGACCAUGUGGAAAAGAGAAAGUGUUUUCAAGCAGGUUCUCAGAUUCUUUGUGUAAGUAUGUAAUUCCUAAACCGAGCCACUUUUGCCACCAUCUGAUGUUAAAUACUCAAAUCCAUUUCCAUUAUCCUGCUGAAUUGGGACUGAAAGAUGCUGGAAAAUAACUACAGAACAUAGCACAGAUCAUCGAGGGUCUUCUGGGGUUUAAGGGCUGGUGGAAUAAAGCUGUGACUUUGCUGUGGCGUUA